GCGCUGGCGGUCGUCGCGUCUGUGUCGUCUCCCUCUUCUUCUGAUCCCCAGCCCGGCGGCGCCCGCCUCCUCCGCGGCCGCACCGCCUCUUCCCUCCCCUGGUCCCUUCUUCCUUGCCCUCUUCCCUUGCUCCUUCCCCUCCUCGCCGCCGCUCAGGACCGCCGGCCCGGGGACGAGCUCCGUGGAAGCAGCCAGAAAGCAUAGCUCCUACCACUGCAGUGCUCAAUGCACUUGGCGUGAAACUGGAAGGAAAACCAAUGUAUAAGCCCGUGGACCCCCACUCUCGGAUGCAGUCCACCUACAGCUACGGCAUGCGCGGAGGGGCCUACCCCCCCAGGUACUUUUACCCAUUUCCAGUGCCGCCGUUACUCUACCAAGUUGAGCUUUCUGUGGGAGGACAGCAGUUUAAUGGGAAAGGAAAGACGAGACAAGCUGUGAAACAUGAUGCCACUGCCAGAGCACUGAGGACUCUGCAGAAUGAGCCUCCACCAGAGAGGCUGGAGAUGAAUGGAAGAGAAUCAGAAGAAGAAAACCUCAAUAAAUCAGAAAUAAGCCAAGUGUUUGAGAUUGCACUGAAGCGGAAUUUGCCUGUGAAUUUUGAGUCUGUCCCUCUGACACAGGUGGCCCGGGAGAGUGGCCCACCCCACAUGAAGAACUUUGUGACCAGGGUUUCAGUCGGGGAGUUUAUAGGGGAAGGAGAAGGGAAAAGCAAGAAGAUCUCCAAGAAGAACGCAGCCAGGGCCGUUCUGGAGCAGCUGAGGAGGCUGCCGCCUCUGCCUGCCGUGGAGCGAGUGAAGCCCAGAAUCAAGAAGAAAAGCCAACCCACGUGCAAGUGGUCCCGUAGCCCUUUCCACGGCAAUGUCUGCGGUCCCGAGGAGCCACCUUCAGCCUGCAGGGAGUGGCUGAGCACACGUCUGCAGACAGCCCCGGAUUAUGGCCAGGGGAUGAAUCCUAUUAGCAGACUGGCACAGAUCCAGCAGGCCAAAAAGGAAAAGGAGCCGGAGUACAUGCUCCUCACAGAGCGAGGCCUUCCCCGUCGCAGGGAGUUUGUGAUGCAGGUGAAGGUUGGGAAUCACACUGCAGAAGGAGCGGGUACCAAUAAGAAGGUGGCCAAGCGCAAUGCUGCCGAGAACAUGCUGGAGAUCCUGGGGUUCAAAGUCCCCCAGGCGCAGCCUGCCAAGCCAGCACUCAAAUCAGAAGAGAAGACUCCAGUAAAGAAAUCAGGAGACGGAAGGAAAGUAACGUUUUUUGAACCUUGCCCUGGGGAUGAAAAUGGAACUAGUAAUAAAGACGAGGAGUUCAGGAUGCCUUAUCUUAGCCAUCAGCAGCUGCCAGCUGGAAUCCUCCCCAUGGUGCCAGAGGUCGCCCAAGCUGUCGGGGUUAGUCAAGGACACCACACCAAAGAUUUCUCCAGGGCAGCUCCGAAUCCUGCCAAGGCCACGGUAACUGCCAUGAUAGCUCGCGAGUUGUUGUACGGGGGCACCUCGCCCACAGCCGAGACCAUUUUAAAGAGUAACAUCUCUUCAGGCCACGUACCCCAUGGACCUCGAACAAGACCCUCUGAGCAGCUGUACUACCUUUCCAGAGCCCAGGGAUUCCAGGUUGAAUACAAAGACUUCCCUAAGAACAACAAGAACGAGUGUGUGUCUCUCAUCAACUGCUCCUCGCAGCCACCCCUCGUCAGCCACGGCAUUGGCAAGGAUGUGGAGUCCUGUCAUGAUAUGGCUGCACUGAACAUUUUAAAGUUGCUGUCUGAGUUGGACCAACAGAGCACAGAGAUGCCAAGAACAGGAAAUGGACCAGUGUCAGCGUGUGGGAGGUGCUGAACCUUUUCUGGCCACAAACCAUUAUAAAUCCCAACAUAUAUACUGAAAAUACUGAGAACUGCUUUGAAAAUUUGGAAUUUCUGAUAACUCCAGUGGGCUGAGACAUGGUGGAUAAGAAUGUGGAAGCUGUAGCAAAGACGACAAGAAACUCCAGGUGAUGGAUGCCCUUGGUUGUGCUGUGCUCUGCCACCAUCACGAGAGACCAGCCCCAUCACCUCCAAUUUUUCUAUCGUGAUAACAGAGAAACAUGGCGAAUUCUCAUGCUGGCUCACUCAGAUACUUUGGGACAACCCUGGACAGCCACGCCAGAGAAGCCUAAGAGUGGCCCCGGAGCUAUAAACACCAGAGAAAAGCCAGUGCUUCCUACCCCACCUACCUGACUCAGCGUGCUCAGCCUGCCACACAUAGUACCCACCCACCGUAACCACUGCUUUCUCUUCAACAGUGAUGCUGUUGGUUCCAUUAUUUCCUUUGGUUGACAUGACACUAUGUAGUUUUCAGUUCAGUUUCUCAGUUGCAUCUACUUAUCUAGCAGUUUAGAAACUUGUCCAAGACUGAUGCCAUAUGAUGACUGAUAACCGGCAAAGAUCACAGCUGUUUGGUGAUAUGUCUGUGCCUCUGGCUUGGCUAGACAGUUCUAGACUUACCAGAAUCCUUGACACCCCUUCCCUUGGUAUAAAUUGGACAGCUUAGGAAAUUUAAACUUUAGAUGAUCAAAAGAUUUGGUCCUUUUUAUUUUAUUUUUAAGCAGCAGACUUAAGCCUGGACCUUUAAAGAUUACAGAAAUUGUCAAUAGGUGUGUCUGUUGAAGAGGUAGCUUUCUACCACACUACAGGACAUUACUUGUGGGCCCAGGCGCCUGCAGGCUGGUGUCCCUGGAGUGCCUAAUGCAGUCAAUCUCAACCUCUGUGGGGGGAAAGGUGACAGGUUUCCUGUUGCUGUGCUGGUGUGCACAGAUGCAGGAAGGUUGGCUGGCCCUGGUGGAAAGCGUUGCAGCCUUGAGUGCAGCACUGCUUCCAUUUUGGUACAGCUGGAACUUUUUCACUCAUGGAAUGUAAGUAAACUAAGUCUUUGUCAACAAUAAAUGGUAAUACUAAAUUUUUUUUUUUUUUUUUGGGGGUUAAUUUAUUUUUAAAUACCACUACUUCUAGAUCAAUCCCCUUCUGGUUCAUCACCCACCCACCCCCAAAAAUGUUUGUAAUGCUUGUGAUUCUGUCUGGGCAAAAAUCUGAAGAUCUAAAAAUCUCUUUAUAUUAAAAUAUUGGUCAAUAAACAGCUACUAAGAAAGUCUU